AUGACAACUACUACGCAAACUUUCUUCAACCUGCCCGCGAGAGAGGGCAGCGACUCCGGCGCGGGUGUCGAGUCCGACUACUUCAGCGCUCCGUCGAAAUACAACCUGCAGACAAGCUGGAGGACUUUGCAAGAUCAAGCCAUCACACGGACGUCGGUUCUCGAUGUUUUUGCCAACAGAGUUCCGGUGUUGAGAGAGAAGAGCUUCCUGUCGGCGGCAGAAUGCGCCAGGAUGCUCGAAAUUGUGGCCUCUCACGAAAUCCCCGCGUACUUCGCAAGCACGCCAGCCGCUUACGCCCUCCAAAAUCGCUGGAGGGACGAGGCCGGCAUCGACGUCCUGCAACGCGUAGCCUCGAAACUACAAGAAACUACCGGGAUGAUGGUGCAGGUGGCACGCGAAGAGGACGGCAGGGAAUACUAUGCCGGCAUCCUAAGGGCGGUCGACGCCGGCAUGCAUGUGCACGCUGAUUUCGCGCCUUAUGAGGCUGUGGGCUGGUCUGUCAGCCAGUCGGUCGCGCAGCUUACCUGGAACAUCCUCCUCAACCAAGUGCCCGGUGGUGACACACUGAUCUACGAUAGACAGUGGCGCGCUCCGCAAGACGACAUGGCAUGGCGAAAGGAGUUUCCUAAAGAUUCGUACCAUCCGCAGAUGCUGGAGGGUCACACCUUUAAGGCCAUGAAGCCUGCUCCAGGUGACCUGACAUUCUUCAACCCACGAAAUUUUCAUGAGGUAAGAGCAUGCGACACUUCAAAGGAACAUCCCAAGUCGGCCGUCAGAUUCACCGUGAGCUCAUUUGUAGGUUAUCUUCCGGCUCGGGAUGGGGAGUCGGAGAAGUUGAUCCUGUGGUCUUGA